AUGGAGAAGGGAACUGAUGGGAAGAUGAAGAGUGUGGCUUCGAUUCCGGAGAACUACGUAUCCAUUCUUCAGCUUCAAGAGCGCUGGAUGAAGGGGAAAGAAAGGAAACACAAGGAAAGAGACUUAGGAGUGAAGCAGCAGCAGGUUAAUGGACAAAGAGAAGAAGUAGUAGAACCAAUGGUGAAUCUCGAGGAAUGUUUUCACAUCGAUCGUCGGGAAAAAGAAUCAAAUUGCAUUGAGAAAGAGGUCUCUGCAACUGUGAGCAAGAAGGGCGAAGAUGGAGGAUAUUGGAGGGAGAGAAAGAAGAAAUGGUCUAAGAAGAAGAAUAAGAAGAAUCAAGGUGGCUCUGUGAAAGAGGAGAUUGAGAUUCCAUGA